AUGGCUCGUCCAGAGAGGAACAGCGCCUUGGCAGGGUUGAAGAUUGAGACGUCGUUUGAGAAUCGACAUCGAUGGUUAAACGAAAAUGGAGGCAGGAGAGCGUCGGGCGAUAGAGAUGGCAUCGAGGGCGACCGUACAAGCAUCUUUCACGAUUAUCACGCACCCCGUUGCGGUACUGAUGAAGACAACAGUGAAAUGAAGGGUCUACAUUCAGCGACACCCCCCAUCUCGGUACCCCGACAAGAUGUGGAGCGUCCGGAGGAGGAAGACGAUUGCGACUUUCCACAUAAACCUGACGAUAUCCCCGCGUCACCUCUUGACAGUUUCAUUCAAAAUCGCCGCCCCUCGGUCAGUUUUGACCCUACCGUUACGCUUGACUCUGGCCGGCCGCGGGCGCUAGAGGAGCCCCUGGCAAGAUCGGAUUCAAGGACUCGCGCUCAACGAUUCCAGGCGAAGGGCUCGAGCCUGAAAAACGCACUGUCUCCCGACGAUCAUGAAAUUCACGGUCCCAGACCGAUGGGAAUCAAUGCUUCUCUUCGACGGUACCAGAAUCAGCGAGGCUUUGGUGCUCGAGACAGUCUACCAACUAGUCCCGAGGACGACCUACGUAUGACCUCAGAGAUUGACCAUCCGACCUCCUUAACGUCCGUUUCGACUGCGUCACCCGUCACCGAAGAGCUACGCACUCCUCCCGAAGGCUCGCGAGGGGCAUUGCCAUCACCCAUUUGCAUGACAUCGCCCAUGCAGGCGUUUACGUCCCCCGACGAUCGCAAUUCCUGGUCAGGCAGUGUCAUAACCCCCUUUGGAAGCAAGGUCAGGGGACCCCGUGCUCGCCAUAGCUCUCGCCGGUCUACUGCCUCCAGUGGCAAAUCCCCGGCUAGUAUGUUCCUUUCCAUGUGGGGAAAUACUGAAGAGCCCGCACCUCAACCAGACGACGAGGGUCAGAUGGUCGGAACCGACUAUGUACUCGGAAAACAGAUUGGGUUUGGAGGGUUUAGCACCGUGAAAGAGGCCUACAAAGUUGAUGAGAGUGGCGGAACUAAGCGACUAGCUGUGAAAGUUGUUCGGAAACAGAUCUCUGGCAAAUCCGAGAAGGAAAACGACGAAGUGCAAGCAGAGUUCGACCACGAAGUUCGAGUAUGGCGAUAUCUCAGCCACCCAAACGUCCUGACGCUGGAUGCCGUCUACGAAACCGACUAUGCUACCUUCUGCUUCACCAAGCUAGCUAUCGGCGGCACACUUUUUGACCUCGUUCGUCAGAAUCGGCAAGGUCUGAACUUGAACCUCGCAAAGAAGUAUACCUACCAGCUUGCAUGUGCUCUUCGGUAUUUACAUGAGGACGCUCGGGUAGUCCAUCGAGAUAUCAAGCUCGAGAAUUGCCUAUUGGACCCCAUCGAGUUGCCGGAUGGCACAAAGGCAUCCAACCUCGUUCUUUGUGACUUUGGAAUGGCAGAGUGGAUGACAACGGACAACGGGGGCGAAUCUCCCGAUCCCUACGACAACGUGGCAGACCGACCGCCUCCCAAAACAAUAGGUCCCGCCGGCUCCAGCACUAGCGUUGCUGGUAGCUUGGAAUACGCUUCUCCCGAGCUGCUUCUCUCCACUGAUGGUGUCAUGGAACCCUCGGUAGAUAUCUGGGCGUUCGGCGUGAUUGUUUACGCUACCAUCGUCGGCUCUCGGCCUUUCCAAGAUCCCUUCAUGCCUCGAGUCCAAACACGCAUCAUCAAUGGCACUUGGGAUAAAGAGAGUGUGUUAAAUGCCGAAAAGGACCCUCAAAGUCGUCAAGAUAGAGAAGCCGCUCUUGAGCUGAUCACCGGCUGCUUAGAAAUGGACGUCGAGAAGCGCUGGACAGUCCGGGAUGUCCUAUGUUCACGCUGGAUGCGGGACUUUGCGGAUCCUAUGAACGACGCUGCGGCCGAAGCAGCUUGGAAGUUAUAA